AUGGCCGCCCCCCCGCCGCAUCAGUAUUCGGCGUACGCACAACCGCAGACCGGCGAUUUGACCGACAAGGAAGCUCCAUCCCAUUCCCAGAGUUCAUCAACGCAACACCAGCACUCGCCCGCUCGCCAAGCACAACCCUCAAAAACCCCCUCCCAAAAACAUAAACCCACCAUCCCCACAGCCCGCCGCCUCUGGACGUCCGAAGAAGAGUCCGCGCUCUUGGACGGUCUCGAGCGCGUCGGCGGCCCGCACUGGAGCCAGAUCCUGGGCCUGUACGGUGCGGGUGGGACCAUCAGUGAGGUGCUCAAGGACCGCAACCAGAUCCAGCUGAAGGACAAGGCGCGGAACCUCAAGUUGUGCUUCCUCAAAAGCGGACACGAGGUGCCGCACUAUCUGCAGGGGGUUACUGGAGAGCUGAGGACAAGAGCGCCGAGUCAGGCGGCGAGGCAAGAGGCGCUGGCCAAGGCGAGAGAGAUGGGGAUGGGAGGGAGGGGGACGUGA